AUGUCGUCCUUCUUCGAUGAGGACACACACGGGGAGUCGGCGAGGAAACGGCGGCACAUUGAGGAGUCGCAGCAGCGUUACGGUGGGUUUCCAUCCGGUAGUGGCGAGAGCGGUGACAACGACGACGAGGAAGAGCGACCUGUCUUGACUCGCACAGGCGGUGGUGGUGGCGGCGGUCGUGUCGGGUUGAUGCUGCUCCAGAGCAUGAAUCAUGCCACGCCCACUUCCUCUUCGACUGCGUCCUUGUCUCCCGCUCCUGUUGGCGGGGCGGCGCAGAAGAUACGUGUUGUGGGCGAGUACGUCCCGCUCUCCGUGGGCGGCUUCAUGGAGAGCGCAGCGGAAACGGUGAUGGGUGACAUUCACAACGUGCGGCAGGGCGACAUCAUGUGCCUCCGAGGCCCGGCAGCAACAACGACAACCGCAUCGACAAAGAGUGGUGCCGGUGGCGAGAUGCGCUUCGUGAAGGAGGCUGAACUCACAGAGGAGGAGCGACGCUACGGUAAGCGCCUCUCGUCGGACAUGCUGCAAGAGUUAUUCGAGGUGGGCCGCGUAGACCGUGCCACGAACUCACUGGAGGGUCUCUUCCUUGAUGGGACGCGGCGUAAACUGAAGUUGUACGCUGCACGUCCUGCUGGCUUCGUCGAGACGGAGCUAUUCCGACAAUGGAAACACGACCCGAGUACGCGCCCAGUGCGGACAGUCUACGCCUCAACCGAUACGAGCGCCCUGCAGCAGAAGCAGCUAGCUCCUCCUCUGACCAGCAGCCACAGCAGAAAAGAUGAAGGCAACCAACCCCCCACAGCAACGGAUAAUAACGGUAAAAACAACAGCAGUGGUGCUGAAGCGCCGAUGCCGUGGUGGGUGACACCGCAGCUUAUUGUGCGCGUUGUUGAGGAAUCUGCAGGGGAUUUGUUUGGAAAGAAGUUUGUGGUCAAGUCUGUUGCACGCAAAGAGGGAAAGAUACGGCUGGCACCAUGGCAGCCAACUGGGGCUCACGGCAAACCGGCAGAGUCGUCGCUAGUCGACAUUGUGGGUUGUGAGGCGCUUGAGACGCUGGUGCCGAAGGUGGGCGAGCAGGGCAUUGUUGUGCUGGGCAACAUGCGCGGCGAGUUGGUGCGUGUGGACGCGCGGCUCCGCAGCGCUGAGGGGGGGCUCACGGCGGUGAAAGUCACCUCCACGCGAACCGGGGACGAAUUCACUGUCGGGCCUCAUGAAGUGUGUCAAUUGGCGCUCGCGCGGUAG